CAAAACUUUCUCAUCAUUUGAGAAUUAACAAAAAUGGUAUUCAGAGCUUUACCUUACACCCUCAAACUCAUUCUCUAUGUAUCUCGUAUUCUUCUAAGACUCCAUAAAAAACACACAAAAGCUCUCAAGAGAACCCUAAGCAAUACACAUAAUGUUUCUCAUUUCAAGUCACAAAGUACUUUAGUUUCUCAAGUUCAAACAUCCAAUCUUUCACAAAAAACGUUGGUCUUUGACGUCGAAGGAACCCUUUUGAGAUCGUUGUCAGUGUUUUCAUAUUUCAUGUUGGUUGCAUUCGAAGCCGGAAGUUUGGUUAGGGCAUUUGUGCUUUUUGUGCUUUAUCCAAUUCUUUGUUUGGUUAAUGAAGAGUUGUCUCUCAAGAUAAUGGUCAUGGUUUGCUUUUUUGGUAUCAAGAAAGACGGUUUUCGUAUUGGAAGCUCGGUGUUGCCUAAAUUCUUCUUGGAAGAUGUUGGUAUGGAAGGAUUUGAGGUUUUAAGAAAAGGAAAGAAGAAAAUUGGUGUUAGUAAGUUGCCACAAGUCAUGGUUGAAAGUUUCUUGAAAGAUUAUUUGGAAAUUGAUCAUGUUUUCGGAAGAGAGUUGGAGGUUUUUGGUGGUUAUUAUGUUGGUCUCAUGAAAGAAAACAAAAACAUCAUUAAACAUAGUAUUAACAAAGUAUUAGAAGAUGAUGAUGAAUUGGUUUGCUUCGUGAACAAGUCCAUUAAGCAUGAUUGGAUCUCUUGUACCAAGGAGGUUUAUGUAGUUAAUGAUGGAGACAAGAAGUCAUGGCAAAUCCUUCCAAGAGAAAGAUAUCCAAAAGAUUUAAUCUUCCAUGAUGGAAGAUUAGCUUUUAGACCGGAGCCAUUAAGUAUGUUAAUCAUGUUCAUGUGGUUCCCUUUUUCCAUAACUUUAGCCAUUUUUCGAGUUAUCGUUGCGAUAACGAUGCCUUAUAGCGCAUCGAUCCCUAUCUUAGCCUACACCGGUUUGCAACUAAAGCUCACAAACCACAACUCAACUCAAAAACCGACAUCUAAUGAUAAUAGUGAAAUACAUAAAGGUCGUUUAUAUGUGUGUAACCAUAGAACCUUACUUGACCCGUUAUAUCUCUCAUUUGGGCUCAAAAAACCAUUUGCCGCGGUCACAUAUAGUCUAAGUAGAAUGUCGGAAAUCUUAUCACCGAUCAAAACCGUACGAUUGACGCGUGAUCGAGAUCAAGAUGCAAAAAUGAUGGACAAAAUGUUAAAACAAGGAGAUCUUGUUGUAUGUCCAGAAGGGACAACUUGUAGAGAACCUUAUCUUUUAAGGUUUAGCCCUUUAUUUGCGGAGUUAAGUGAUCAUAUUGUCCCGGUUGCAUUAGAUACUAAUGUUAGCAUGUUUUACGGGACAACAGCCGGAGGGUUAAAAUGUCUUGACCCGUUUCUUUUUAUGAUGAACCCAAGACCGGUUUAUAGAGUUCGGUUCUUGGAGCAAGUCCGUGGCGUGACUAGAUGUGGAGACGUGAAUUCUACAAGGUUUGAUGUCGCAAAUUAUGUGCAAAGCCAGAUUGGUAAGACCUUAGACUUUGAAUGCACCAGCCUUACGAGGAAAGACAAGUAUCUCGUGUUGGCUGGUAACGAAGGGAUCGUUUCGUCGAGUAAGAAAAAUGAUCGAUGAUAUGCAUGCAUGAUCGAGCAUCCAUGUCUAACACGGAUUAGUGAAACAAAUUCAAGUUUCAACCGUUCGGAUAUAUAUUUUUUGUUGAUGAGAUUAUUUGGAGUCUUAAUUAAGAUGUGAGGUACCUUUUGUAAGUUGUAACAUAUAUACAUACUGUAUACUAGCAAUCUUUUUUGUUUA